AUGAAGGGGACACUUCUUCUGCUGUCUUUGCUGGUGAUUGGAGAGCUGGGCUUCCAGACAACGGAAGCGUGCCUUACUUUCUUCGAAGGCUAUUGGAGAGUAGCCUUUGCAGGAAAGACACUGCUGAAUUCCUACCUUUCGAAGCUUGACGCUACAGCCGCAGAAAGGGUGGCCCUUGAAAAAAUCCAAGACUGCUACCAUGAAGGAGGACUAAAAACCAAACUUCUGGAUGUCCGAGUUAUGGAAGCCGUGAUCACCAGCCAAGAAUGCCUGACAUACCAUGGUGAAGAACUUGUAGCAAAAAUUACGGAUAUACUUACCAGGUUAAACAGGUUUAGAAGUUAA